GCCAAUUCUCACCUCCAUUCUUAUCUAUCUCACUCUCACACAUACGCAGCUAGACCAGAGCGGCGCCAUGAACGACCUUGACUUCAAACGAGAUAAAGAUAUUGCAAAAGAUUUUAUUUUGAACUUUGCAGAUCCAAAUGGCGAAGCUAAAUAUAUGAAAACUCUCCAAGAUGUUGCAAAUCGCUCAACUAAGGCUGUCCAGAUCGAGCUUGAAGACUUGAUUAACUAUAAGGACUUGGAUGAAGUAUUUUUGAGACGGGUCACUGAAAACACACGUAGGUAUGUUGGAAUAUUUGCAAAUGCCAUCGAUGAGCUUCUGCCUGAGCCUACAGAGGUUCUUCCAGACGACGAUCAUGAUAUUCUAAUGACCCAGAGGUCGGAGGAAGGAACUGAGAAUACUGAUGGAUCUGACCCCCGACAGCGAAUGCCUCCUGAAAUUAGGCGAUUCUUGUAAGAUUUUCGUGAAAACU